AGAACAAAACGGAUUCAAACGGGAGCGCGUGCGGGUACGUGCGUCCCCGGGUCGUUAACGUGAGGCCGCCGCCGGUCCUGGAAACGCGCCGUGAAAAAGAGCUUCCUGCUUAACAACAACUUACCACCUUUGCUGUGACUUUUACUCCGACGGAGAUUAUCUGAGCAUGCGCACUGCAUCUAUUGGGACGGGGAGGACAUCACGGAAAACGUAGCAGAAGCACCACAAACCCCCACGCAGAGAUUUCGGCUCUCCGCUGCGCUAAAACUGCGCAACGAGCGCGGCCCGAGACUAUGCCCGGAACGGCGUUAAGAUGUGGGACGACCGCCUGACAGGCCUAGCCAGGGUCUGAGCCGUUGCCGGGAGGGGAUAUAUAUUUCUUCAUAUGGGAGCAGCAUGCGGGAAAUGGUUGGAGGUUGCUGCGUGUGUUCCGACGAGCGAGGCUGGGCUGAGAAUCCGCUGGUUUACUGUGAUGGACACGGCUGUAGCGUCGCCGUUCACCAAGCAUGCUACGGCAUCGUGCAGGUGCCCACUGGCCCGUGGUUCUGUCGGAAGUGUGAGUCACAAGAGCGGGCGGCACGUGUGAGGUGCGAGCUGUGUCCCCACAAAGAUGGUGCCCUCAAGAGGACAGACAGCGGAGGCUGGGCCCACGUUGUGUGCGCACUCUACAUCCCCGAGGUGCAGUUUGCCAACGUCCUCACCAUGGAGCCCAUCAUCCUGCAGUACGUCCCGCACGAGCGAUACAACAAGACUUGUUAUAUCUGUGAGGACCACGGGAGAGAGAGCAAGGCGGCCUGCGGCGCGUGCAUGACCUGCAACAGACAGGGCUGCAGACAAGCUUUCCACGUCACCUGUGCUCAGAUGGCCGGUCUGCUGUGCGAGGAGGAAGGACCCGAAGCUGAUAACGUGAAGUAUUGUGGCUACUGCAAGCAUCACUACAACAAAAUGCAGAAGAAGUUGCGCUCUAGUGAAAAUACAAGUAGCUCCUUCAGUCAUUCCAGGGGGCGCUCUAGCUCUCCGUCACAGGACAAACCGCACUACCACCACAGACAGAGGAAGAGCCAUAAAGACAAGAUUCGGCAAAAGGAGCGCCACAAGAAGUCGAGCGACAACCUGAGCUCUUCUGUGACGUCCAGCGGUGUAGAGAAGAACUCCGGUCACCACAGCAGCAAGGACGGUGAGGGGAAGUCCAAGAAGCUGAGCUCGCACAGUCACAGCCAUCGCAGUAAGAAGACGGGAAGCACCGGCAAGAGCUGCUCCUCAUCGUCCUGCUCCUCCAGUCCGUUCAACACAGGUGGUUCCCUGUCGUCUGCUCAGGAUUUUCAUCAGUUCUUAUCUUCUUCCCGCCUGGAGCGCGAACAUGACCGAGGGGGUGAUGACCACAGCGGAGAGGAGCGCAAGGAGCGUCACAGGAGGCCGGCAGUGCACGAGGAGGAGGAGGAGGAUGAAAAGGAAGAGGAUAAAGAUGAGGAGGAGGAGGAGGACUGUAAAUACCACAAGCCACCAGCAUUGACCCCCGCUGAGGGCCCGCUAGCAGGGUCACAAGGUCACGACAGGUCAGAGGGCAACUCCAGCCCCUUCGAGAACAAAGUCACCAUUUCCACCUUCGGGUCUAUCAUGCGCAUCACGUCGACGGGACUCGGCAGCGGCGGCAAGAUCCGAAAAAUCUCUUCCUCGAGCGACUACAAACCCUCCAAAUCUCUCUGCAAACCGUCUCAGCUGAGCACGCCACCUAUCCUGGAGGAGGCCGACCUGGAGGACAAAGCCGCGCUUCCGCCGCCGCUGCCUCGAGAGAGGAGGCACCGUGGCAACAAGAAGAGCCGGCACGGCCCGGGGCGCCCACGGGGGAGCAAGAACCGAGAGAGGAGGGACGAGGAGCACCACCACCACCAUCACCACACAGCGCCGCCUCCUCUAGCCUUAACCUCCUCACUCUACCCGAGCCCGUCCUCCAUCCCCCACCCCGCCUUCCCCUCGACGCUGCCUCCCACCGCCACCUCUUCCUCUUCCUUCUCCUCCUCCUCCACUGGUAGUUUUUCUACAGGCCGCGGCAACUCGCUGCUCGGCUCUGGCAUCUACUCCAGUCUCAAGGACCCUCUCACACUGGGAGGGGGUGUCUGCAGUACCCCCCUUUCCCUGGGUGGAGGGGUGUGUAGCACCUCCUUGUCCCUGGGAGGGGGCAUGUGUAGCACCCCUCUCUCCUCAGGACUCCUUCCAUCCCACUCCUCGCUGUCUCUCCCGCCAGUCAGUGCUGUGUCAAACACGCAGGUGCAUCCAGGUUCCAGCACCUCCUACAGCCUGAGCUCCUCUCAGCCUUUCGCCAGCUGUCUCUCCACAGCCCCGACACUGCCGCCACUACUGAGCCAAGCCCAGACCUCACUGCCAGAGUCUGACCUCGAUGACUGUCGCUUCCCGUGUCAGGGGAACUCGCCGAGAGAGAGUCUUUCCUCGCAGUCUCCGAUGAGCUGUCUUCCUCUUCUGUUCGACCAGAGAGACGGGUUGGGCGCGGGAGUCAGAGCCCGUCCCGAGAACGUCCCUCCAGCCAGCUCUCACAUCGAUCUCCUGCUGGAGAAACACAGCAACGGGGAGAUGGGAGUCAACAUUGUGGAGAUGCUCCAGUCGUUGCACUCCCUGCAGCAGGAGAACCAGCGGCUUCAGGACCAGAUCCUCAGCCUGACGGCCAAGAAGGACCGACUGCAGCUGCUCAACACGGAGCUGGCCGUGCCUUUCCCUCCGCAGGUUCACUCCACCCAGGGCUCCAUGCACGCGUCCGCCCAGAUCAACUUCCUGUCAUCCACCCAAGACCCCCUGAGCACCAAUAAGAGUCCCCUGUCCAAAAGCUGCUUCCUGAAUGACACCUCCUUUGUUACCUCGUCCGAGGAGCUCCACUCUGGCAGUCCGUCCCGAAGUAGCUCGUCUCUCUCCUUCCAGAGCACCCCCCCUCCUCAGCAGAGCCCCGCCUCCUUCGGCCAGCCGCUGCUGAAUGGCUUGGGUCGAGGGUUGAAUGACGGCUUGGGGGCGAUGAGUCAGGCCAGCGGCUCCGCUCUGCCCGUGAUGGGCGGUCUCAUGGCGUCUCUCGCGGGAAGUCCUCAGCUGACCAUGAACGGCGUGCUGGGCAGUCUGAACGGAGUGAUCCAGUCACCUGUGCAGAACGCCUCUCAGCCCACGCUCCCGGCUCUGCGACCCCAACCCCCGCCGCUCAACCCUCUGGCGCUGCCUCAAAGCUUUCAGCUUCCCAAGAGUGCGAGUCCGUCUUCGUUCCUGUCAGAGCAGCAGAAGCAGCUUCUUCUCGAGCAGCAGCAGCUGCAGCAGUUCCUCACCUCACAGAACUUCACACCUGAGCAGCAGGUGGUGGUGUGCCAGAUGUUGCAGCAGCAGCGACAGAGGGAGCUGCAGCGCCUCACGCUGACAGGAGCGCUCACCUCCACCCCCAGUUCACCCAUGAUUUCCCAGUCACCCAACCUGCUGUCCUCAGCUACAGCCUCACCCCUGCAGGGAGGCCAAGGAGGCGGGCUCUUCGGUCUGCAGGAGAACACGCUUCACAAGCCCGGAGCUGCAGGAGAGAAGGGUGGAGACAAGAACGGCUGAUGUUUCUCUGCAACAUGCGAGCAGCUCAGAUGAAGACAUGAGGUGUCGCAUGCCGCCGUGAAGAGGUCGUCUUCACGAGACUUUUUCCUUCUCUGUCAUCUUUCUCUAACGCCCUCUUUUUAUGAAUGUACAACAGGAUGGACUUUAAUGUCAAGGUGAAUUUUUUCGUGUUUUGAAAUUCUUGAUAUCAGAGGUUCUUCUCAUAGGGUUUUUUUUUUUUUGUGUAGGCAGCUUUCAGAGAGCAUGGAUACAGUGGUCUCUUCUUAAAUUGCACUAAUUUGUUAGCUAGACCAAUGGGGCUGCUGAUGAAGGCAGAGUUCGUGAACUUAAGGUCGGAGUCUUUGCGACCUCUCAAGCACUGACUGUCUGUGAAUUCCCUCCAGUUUCCAUUCAGUCGGUCAGUGAGGAGGAAAAAAAAAAAACGGAUUUCUGCCACUUCCUGCAACCUCAACUGUCUUCCUCGAUAUUGUGUCUUCCCUUUGUGUUCACCCCACUUAUUUUCAUCCAGAUCUUCUAUAUGUGAAGCCUCUCACGGGCACUUAUUAUGUAAAGGAUAAACAUCCAGUCAUUUCUGAUGUGUGGUUAGUGGCAUUUCGACAUUAAGCUAGUUAUUACCUCAGACUGUUUCAUUGUUGACUUUUGUGCAGACUCAUUACCACAACAGCCUUCACUGGAUAUAAAUGCCCACCAAAAAAACAAAACUCUUGGUGUUUGCUCUAAGGUAUUAACUCACGUAAAUGUAAAAAUGACACCGAGCCUGCGUGUCCAGAAAGCCGCCGUCAUCCGUCAGCAACCGGCAUCGGCGUGCGAGCACCGAGUUUUUAUUCCGAACCACCGCCGGAGGUUCUCCAGACUUUUAUAUCCUUCCAGUUGCUAUCGAGAUUAAGCAGGCGAAACCAAACAUUUGGAAAUCUUAAGCAAGAAAUUAAUAGUUUUUUCCUAAACAAAUGUGCACUUUGCAUGUUAGUAGCUAACAGAGCAAAUUAGCCAUCAACACACAGUACCUUCUAAAGGACGCUCGGUACUUCGUAGGCCGCUAGGGACUAACAGGUUUUUUUUUUUUGUAUGAGUAUUUUGCACUCCUGUCCUGAAGUGUCAGUCUUUUACGUUCAUGUCCACCAACUAGCUGUUCUUUUAGCAAUACUGGAUAGAUAAUGCCUUAAUGAUGUUAGAUCUACAGAGGAAACCACGAGCCCAAAGGCUUACUCUCUUCUCGUGCUUCUUUGAUAACGUGUUUUUUUUUUUUUAAUUGCGGGUAAACGGAGGGGGUUAUGUUAUUUAACGAAAGCGCUCUUCCUAAACCCAUUUCUACUUUUGAUAGCUGACUGAUAAUUUCAACAGUGGAAAAACGUGUGAAGCGUAUAUAGUGGUGACUAAAGUGUCAAAGCAUUUUCUAUUGUAAGUUUUGUGUUCGGACGUUCUUGAGUUGUUUGUGCUUCGGAGACCUGAGAAAAGAGAAUCUGCAGCGCUGCAGAGACAGUGUGCCGUGCAGCUGUUGGCAGCAGGAAAC